AUGCUGUACACUCAGUAUAUUAACCUUAACCACACAAACACCCUAUCGGAGCACUUACAAGAUAAUCUCAUGGAACACAAUCUCGUCAAGCUGGGCAUUUAUCUGGAUAUUAAUUGUCGAAGCAGUGCGUUAGUCUUGUCUAUGGCCAACGAGAAACACCUUUUCAAGGGUCGCUAUCACUGGCUUAUCUACGAUCAGGACUUCAACUUAACUGAAGUGCAUAAACGAUUUGCAGAGACGCAACUAUAUAUUGAUACGGAAUUGACUUAUGUAGAGCCCAAUCCAAAACGCGAUAGCUUUAUACUCUAUGAUCUGUAUAACAAGGGCAAACAUCUGGGCGCUAAGUUAAACAUGACCGUAGAUCGACAAAUCAAAUGCAAUGAUCUGCGUUGUGAAUUGAGUCGUUAUUUGAGCGAUCUUCAUAAGAGGAAUCGUCUGCAGCACCGCCGAUAUCUGACUGGAUUAACCCUAAGGAUUAAUGCUGUUGUAACUGCCAUUCCUGCCAAUUCGCCCGAAUCGCAGAUUAAGGACUUUCUCAGUCGACAAGAUGAUAUCAAUAAUGAUUCAUUUGCCAGAUUUGGUUUUCAGACGCAUCAAGUGUUCAAGGAUUUGCUUGAUUGCAAUUAUACCUAUAUAUUCCGUGAUCGGUGGUCAGAUUCAGAACUGACAGGAGGUCUCAUAGGAGACAUCCGUAACCAAAGCGUGGAUAUAGGUGCAACUGGAUUUCUGUUCUCCAGUCGACGUGCUAAAUACUUCAAAAUGCUGUCCUGGUAUUCGGCCUUUCGCUCCACGUGCAUGUUCCUCAAUCCCAAAUCGUCGGCAGUCGAGCUACGCAUUUCGGAGUUUCUGCAGCCCUUCAGUGCGACAGUUUGGUUUAUAUUUGGCUCUUUGCUGUUGAUUGCUGGCCUUUUACUCUGGAUGACAUUUCGCCUGGAGCGUCGACUAAAUCACAUAGACAUCAUACCCUCUCUGCUCACCAGCUGCCUACUGUCGUUUGGCGCCGCUUGUAUUCAGGGUGCCUGGCUGCUACCGCGCUCCACAGGCGGUCGCAUGGUGUUCUAUGCCGUAAUGCUGUUAUGCUUCCUCUUGUACAACUACUAUACUUCGGUUGUGGUAUCCACUCUGCUGGGAGAUCCACCCAAAUCGAACAUACGAACGAUUCAGCAACUGGCGGAUAGCAACCUCGAGGUGUCCGUUCAGCCAUUAAUAUAUACCAAAGUCUAUAUAGAGACGUCAAGUUAUCCCGAUGUGCGUAGUCUGCAUUUGAAUAAGAUUUUAAACAGCAAACGCGAUAACAUCUGGUUGCCCCCGGAUGAGGGUGUGCAAAUGGUGCGCAACUUUCCCGGAUUUGUCUAUAUUACCGAGGCAUCCAGUUCUUAUGCAUUCGUGCGAAAGCACUUUCUGCCCCACGAGAUUUGCGAACUCAAUGAAAUUCUUCUGCGGGACGAGACAAGUGCUCACACUGCGGUAGCCAUAAACUCCAGCUAUGCCGAACUGUUUAAACUAAACCAUCUUCGCCUGCUGGAGACUGGAGUUCACUUCAAGCACUUUCGAUAUUGGAUUCGCAACAAGCUCCAUUGCUACGACAGCAAUAGAGGUGUGGUCGUGGGCAUGGACUCUGCCGGGCCACUAUUUCUACUGCUGAUAUGUGCCUAUAUCCUAUGUCUGUUCGUUUUGGGUCUAGAAAUACUAUUCUACAGGCGACAGCAACGAGCUCGCCGUCAAUAA